CGUUGAGCUCAAUCCCAUGACUAAGCACACGUGUUAUGUAAAAGGUUUUGAAGAGGUUCUUAAAAACUGAGCUAAUUUGCACUUGUACCAGGUAUUGAUACUGUAGUGGCGACUCAGUACUGAGUCCUGGAUUUCGUUUCUCCUGCAAUCAUGCAUAUGUGUCUCUUACCCACAAAAAUUCUACUGCACAUAUUCGCUAUUUAUAAAGACAGCAAACUGAGCUCCUGUGCUACACUUGCUGUUCUUGCAGGAACCUGUAGGAAAUUCAAGGAGCCUGCACUUGAUACCCUUUGGAGAGACAUCACUGGUUUUAAGCCAUUCAUCUCAUGCCUGCCUGGUUGUGUCACUAAAAAAAAGCGAGGAAAGUUGACAAUGUGAAGACCUCUCUCUGGUGGAGAGUGGAGGCUUGUCCAUCAAUAUACACGGCGUAUUCGCUCCUUCACAGUCUUCGACAUUGAGCUAGAUAUGAUAGACAAUCAGUUCCUACAGGCACUUCAUCGCCAUUAUCAACACCACUCUUACCGAACCUUCGUAGUUUGAUUUGGCACGUCGUCCGAGAACGGUUCCAUCCGCUGUGUGCCCUCCUUGGGUCAACUGUCACGUUCUUGAAGCUGGGCAAUAUGUCGCCCUCAUCGUUAGCUUUGUUAACUUUCCUCGGAGCUCGGUGUCCAUCUCUUCGGGAACUCACCUGUGAUUUAUAUGACAAUGAUACUGAAGAACGUCUAGACGCAAUUUGUGAAGCUCUACAUGGCUUGCGAGGGCUUUACCGUCUUAACGCAGGGUACAUUACCUUGCGAGAGCUUCUUCGCUUGGCUUCUUUACCGUCGUUGAAGUUUCUGAACUUCGGCGUGGAGGAGGAAUACGAUUACGAGG